AUGGAAUCUUCUCAACAGAUUUCUGAAGAAUGGGGUUCUCUUUGUGGAUUGCACACAACUGAAGAAGCUGACUUUAUGGCUCAGUUGUUUCCUGGUACUUACUGUUCUGUCACAGAAAAGCACUAUGGAAAUACCACUUUUGGCUUUUGGCCUGCCCAUGAAUCCAAAACAGUGACCAUGAAAGCCACUAAUAACAACUCAUACUUCCUUCCAAAUGUUACAGACAUUAAUUUAUGUUUCUCACAAGGGAGUAGCUCCAGCAUUGACAGUGGUAAUAGUAUCUUUUCCACUACAAGUACUGGACCCUACUACUGUGAUCCAGCAACAAACUUUGACUCAGUGUCCAUGGCCUUUUUCCUGGGAGAUGCCCAAUUCAGUCCCCAUAAUUUUCACUGUUAUGAUAACUCAAGCCAACAGAUAAAUGAAAACACUGAUGAAGAGUCAAGUCUAGACCCAGUAACUCUUGCCGACAACAAUUUGCAGGCUAAGAGGGAGCAUGAGAUGAUGGUUUCUGAAUAUGCACACGAGGACAGAAGUGAAAACCUGGAGAACCUAACAAAAAGGCUUAGGAACUCAAAAGAGGUCUCAAAAACAUUGAGGAGUACCAAGUUGAAGAAAAAUUCAAAAUCUGCUUCAACGAACAAGAAUGAAGAUGACAGAAGCUUGAACCUCGAAGGGCUUGGCUGUUUUUCACAGGGUGACUCUAAUGCUUCUCUGAAGCCAAAUGGAGGAGCAUUGAAAGAUCCUGCACCUCCCAGUUUGCUUAGAAAAUCAAGAGCAACUAAGGGUCCUGCUACUGAUCCACAGAGCCUUUAUGCAAGAAAAAGAAGAGAAAGAAUAAAUGAAAGGUUGAGAAUACUGCAAAGUCUUGUCCCCAAUGGAACUAAGGUGGAUAUCAGCACCAUGCUUGAUGAAGCAGUGCAAUACGUUAAAUUUUUACAGCUCCAAAUCAAGCUUCUGAGCUCUGAUGAUAUGUGGAUGUAUGCCCCAAUUGCUUACAAUGGUAUAAACAUUGGGCUUGACCUCAGUAUUUCUCCAACCAAAGGAAGAUGA